GCUGAGGUCACUUGGCAUUCUGGGACACAAACAGUGCCCUGUAUGAAUAGCUUCACCAGCGACAACAGCAGCAGUGGAGGGAAGGCGACAGGAGGUGCUUCAAGCAGCGGACGGACGGAAGACUUUUCCCCACGACUUCUGCGGUUCGUUUGUGGCGGCGUUGUCAUUGAGGAUCGGCGCUGAAGACCAACUGCGACGUUUUAGCUUCUGUAAUGUACUGGUGUACUUUAUCCACACAGUGAGCCAGUUAGCUAUCGACGGAGAGUAAGUUAGCAGCGCCGUGAUUUACGCUGGCGUGUUAACGUUAGCUUGAUGUGGACGCUGAUGGAGUCACACCAGUUUACACUUCGACUCCAUGAAUCUCGGUCCAAAGGAGCGGCGCGUUGUUUAGCCACUGCCCACGGAGCUCGUAUUUUCUCUGUCCUGACAGUCGACUCCAUCCGUUGACUCUGCAUUCGUCUGAGCUGGGGGGGGGUGACAACUCUGAAUAUGGCGAGAGUUUCAGACGCGGUCUUCAAACCUGGCACUUUUAAGUCACUGGACUGGAACGUUGCCCAGCUCGUGUACCCAAGAUAAAUACUGUCAAAUUGGAGGCUUCAUGUAAUGGCCAAGGACAGGGACGGACUUUGCCUCUACAGCUCCAUGAACAUUUGCUUUCACCACUGCAAAGGAAUGGACUGCCACUGCUGAAGCCAUCUUCUUAAAACUUUAUUUAAAAAAAAAGUUUGAUAGGAGUUUAACAUUUUGUUUUGAUAUACUAGAUAUGGACUUUCUCUCGAUGUAAAGAAUAUCCUUCAGCUUUUUACAUCCCGGCUCUCUCCAGCUUGGACAACCAGCCUGGAGUCCUGCUACUGGUCCCCCCGAUCCAAAGACUAACAUGUCUGUGUCAGGGGUCACGACCGUGCAGCUUCUCACCAAGCUUGUCAAGCACGCGGUGGGCAAGGCUCAGAUUCAGUUGAACCGCUGGCUGCAAAGGGCUGCCACCGAGGAGUGUGACAAAAUCGACAUCUUAAUAUGCAACGCCUUUGAUGAGCGAGGGGCCGGCUUAGGGAAGCCCGAUGGAGACCCCGAGGUCGCCACCGAUACAGGGGCGAUGACCUUCACCACCAGCGGGGACUUCAGACACCCGUGCUGCAUCACCACCUUCUGCUUCAAGAGCGCCUUGCUGGCCUGCAUCCUGACUGCUGUGUGUUUCUCUUCAGUUGCCCUGGUGCGCCAAUACCUUAAGGACCUCUUGCUCUGGAUGGAGAGUUUGGACAGCCUUGUUGGAGCCUUGCUGUUUAUAGUUGGUUUGAUUAUAGUGUCAUUUCCAUGUGGAUGGGGGUACAUUGUUCUAAAUGUGGCAGCUGGCUACCUCUAUGGCUUUGUGCUGGGUAUGGGACUUGUGAUGGUGGGAGUCUUAAUAGGGACCUUUGUGGCACACCUAGUGUGCAAACGAUUAUUGACUGACUGGGUGCUGAGCAAGGUUGGAAACAGCGAACAGCUCAGUGCUGUCAUACGAGUAGUCGAGGGAGGAAGUGGACUCAAAGUUGUUGCCUUAGCAAGACUAACACCCAUUCCUUUUGGACUUCAAAAUGCAGUUUUUUCGAUCACUGAUGUGUCCUUGCCAAACUACCUGGUGGCCUCCUCUGUGGGUCUGUUGCCAACCCAGCUCCUCAACUCCUACCUGGGCACCACCCUCCGCACCAUGGAGGACGUCAUCGCCGAGCAGAGCGUCAGCGGCUACUUCGUCUUCAGCCUCCAGAUCAUCAUCAGCAUUGGCCUGAUGUUCUACGUGGUGCACCGGGCCCAGGUGGAGUUCAACGCAGCCAUCGCCGCCUGCCAGAUGGAGCUGAAGUCGUCGCAUAUGAACGGGGCCUCCAACAACCACAGCAGCUUCAGCUACUGCAGCAAGAGGGCGGCAGCUGGCAGCGGGAACUGCAUUAACGUGGUCUGACCUGAAUUGCAAGGCUACUGCAUCGCUUAAGGGAACCCACAGUUGCAGCGGCGUCCGGUGGUGGCAUGCGAACACUCGUGUUGGGGAAAACCCCUGAACCUGUUGUGUUUAAGAGUGCGACCAUGCACCUCUGAAGAAACUGGGCUAAUGAAAAUAGUUUUGAGGUACAUCAUCUCCGGUCUUAUUUUUGUUAUUGUAUUAGUUGAUUAUGAUAUUUAGAGGGUGACGGAGUGAGUGAGCUGUUUAAAAAUGGCUUGGCAUUAACUGCCCUCUAACACUAUGAAUGUGCAAUCUGGAGCUUUCUAGAGAACCAAGGAAUUUCCUUUUCAGUGUAAAAACAAUGCCGACCUAUGCACCUUUUAUUUCAUACAUGUUCAAUUUCUGUAGAUUUUAGGAUCCAGUGCUAAUUUACUCUACGGACAAUAAGGGCAUUAUUAAUGUUGAACAGAUCCUGCUUUUUAGUCGAGUGUCUUAUUUUAGAUGAAGCAGGGAGAGGCUCUCCGUGAGCAACGCAGGCUUCUCUGACUUUGUGGUUUUUGCUGGCGUACGUCCGCAUCAGCUGAAUCGGCCUCGUUUGCUCAAAGAUUAUUUCAGUGCUUCUGCAGUUUUGACGAGAGCAGCUGGAGUGAAACUCAGGAACGUGUCUGCCAGGAAAGUUGAAGUGCAGCAUCAUCAGCUCCAUGAUAGCACAGGAAGAUUCCCACGCAGAGCCGAGAUGGAGAUGUCGAGCUGCUGUGUAGACGUUGGCUUUCACGCUAGCGCUAAGUUUGCUUCUGCCUGGCUGUGAGACUGUCCAUGCGGGUUAUUACAAACUUCCUGUUUAUGAUGGUAGUUUUGAUAAUUUUGUGCAAUAGACAGAUGAUCAAGUGUCAUGAAUGUCGUGUCAGUGCUGAAACCAAACUAAUCAGAAAUGCGCAUAGAACACAACCUUUUUUUUUUUUUUUUUUUUACAGAUUUAGGCCAUAUUGGGGAAAAAUGAAGAAAAUUAACUUUUGUAGAAAUACUAAAUAAUGUUGGGUUGUUCUAUUUUCUUUCAUAAACACAAUGUGGUGGGAGUAUUUAAGGUACUAUACCUAAUUCCAGAUCACGUAUUAAGGUUAGAAUGUAAUUUUCACAUCAGGUUUAUUUAGAUUCUUAAGAAAAUUCUUAGUUUAGUUCAUUCUGUCAUUUUUUUUUACCUCUAAUGUGGCCCAAAUAUAAAGAGAUGACAAAGUGGCUGUUAUUUUGUAUGUGCCAUAACACGAUGAAGCUUAACAGGCGCCAUGACACUCGCCCAGCCUGCAUGUGACUUAAAAUACUAAUUUAUUUUUCUGCGUUAACGUUCUUGGUAAUGAUAUUAAUUUGCUUGUUUUGUAUUUUUAGCUCUUUAUCCUGUAGGGUCAUUUGCACAGGACGCUACAGCAGAGCAUUAUUUUAAUACGCAUAAGUUUAACUAGGAAGAGGCUUGUUUGGUCCAAGAUAGAAACUGAUGUGUCCCAGAAGCUGACAAUCAAACACAACAUGGACACAAGUGAUGAAUGUGAUACUACUUUUUAUUUUUACAUGAAUUAUUGUGAUGCUGCUCCUCGGACGACGUCGGAUUGAGGAAUAAUAAGGGCUCCUAUUUGAAAAAUCCAUCUUUAUGUCCCUGUGUGUGUUCGCAAAAGCCUGUUUUUUUAUCACUGGCACGGUUUCAUUUUGUACUUAACUUUGUAACAUGUUUGCCCUAACACAUUCCAUGCUGUCAGUCCUAUAAAAGCUGUAGAAUCUCAAUUAAGUCCUGUCUGAACUUAGCAAUAAUAUUAGAAAGUCAAAAGCAAAAAAGCUAAAAAAAAUAAAAAAAAGAUAGACCUUGAUAGUCUGUUAAUAAUAAUACUGAUGUUAAAGACCUGUUUGUAAUGGGAAAUCUUUGAGUUGUUGGUUGUUCCAUGUUUCACUGUAAAGCUGAGUAUCAACAUUCCCAGGUUUGUGUUGCAGUGUUCAACCUGCCUUUUACCUCCUCCUGCCUCCUUCUGCCUCUGACAGACAUUUCUGCGUUGCCUAAGUCAUGAAAGGUCGAUCGUGCUCAGCUUUGGCAGCACCUUCUUUGGAGAGUCUCUAAACCCUGGACCUCCUGUCACGUGGAAAUCUGGGGAAGCAAGUAAGCGUUUUUCUAGUGUCAUUCUUAAAUCCAAAGUUUACAUUGGGAGAGAGGCAUCAAAUCCAGAUUUUACUUAGUCUUUGGUGAGCUUAUGUUACAAUACUCCAGGUUUCCACAUGACAGCUGUGCCCCUACUCUCUAAACAAAGUGUGACCUGUGUAGCUGUUCCGCUCAGAAAUGGGAAAGCAAUGGAGUAACGCCAUGUUUAAUGCAAAAAUUCAGUACAUGAAACUUGAUCAGACACUUCAUAAUAUUUUAUCCUGUUGCCUGGGAUUUUAAAAGGGAGUUUGUGGGGGGAGAGAUUUAUAGUAAAGGGUUUGAUUCUUCCAAGGUGGGCUCUAUUUAACUUAGAUAUAUAGUUAUGCAAUGACAGAUUCCUGAGGGAAGUAUAUUUCAUAGGCACCCACACAAGACCUGAACCUGGGAUGCAGCUGCACUGAACUGUUCUAGUACGAUAUCAGUAUCUUCAAUGAAGUAAAAGGUCGCGUUUGGUGCUAUGAAAUCAAAUACUUCCCCAUCUGUAUCAAGUGCAUUACACAUAUACUGUAUUUUUAAUACAGAGAUUUUUGCAGUGUAUAAAUAUGGAUAUUUAUCGCUGUAUGAUGCUUGUUCAGUGUUAUUUAUGAAAGAGAAUAAAAACAUGUCAGACUUUGUUACAAA